AUGGAAGAAGAGAUGAAUCCAAGCAUAUGUUAUGAAAAUUUCAAGGCGGAGUACAACAAAGUGAAGGACACCCCAAUUACCCCAAUUUUUGACACGGAUUUCUCCAAACAUUUGAAGCACUUUUUGGAGGCACUUCCUGUAGUUCAAAUCGACAACGAAGUAAAACUACGAGAAGUCACAAAAGAGCAACGAAAGAUGCUUUGGGAAAUGAUCGAGUGUUGCGCGUUGCGAGGAGUAUUUUAUCCAACGAACUCAUAUUACUUAGAGUCUUCACAGUUUCCAGAAAUAGCGGCAUACUUCUCUAAUACAAAAAAGAUUGAGGUAUUUUCGGAUGUGAUGAAUAUUGAGGCUCCUCCAAUUGGUGAGGACUACACCAAGUACAUUAAAGAAGUUUCUAAAGCUCUUGGGUCCGACUUUGGAAUGCGAGUUGCACAAAAGAAAUACAUUGAAAGUCAAAACGAAGACUAUCAAGUCCUAAACACAGUACUUGAAAUUGGAAGAGGUCAUAACGUCACUGAGAACUUUGAGAAAUUGUUAUGUGAAGAGACUUUUGUAUUAGCGAAUCAAGUGUGGUUGAGCAGAAUGGAUGAUAAGAAUAUCGAGACCGCAGUCAUCAAAUUUAUUAUUCAAGAAUUUGAGAAGGGGAAGGAGAACAAGCCAAUAACACAAAAAGAGGAAAUACUUGUCGACAACUUCUUGAGAGGAUUUACAUAUUCCAAUUGGGUCAAAGUGAAAGUCAUUUCCGAAUAUAUCUUCAACUGUGACACGUUUCCCGAGUUCUGGAAAUUCUUUAUAGCCUCUGCGGCACUCCACACUUCAACUCAUUACAAAAUGAUUGAGCGAGUAAAGGAGUUGUAUGAGAAUGCAAAGACACUUAAAAGCUUUUUUGCAGUCAUUUUGGUCGAGAGGUAUUUAACCCUUCAAACUCCACGAGUAGUCGAUGAAAAACACACUUUCACGUUGCUUAAAAGACAUUUUACAGAAGACGAUUUCGCAAACUUUUUAGUGCGCCCUUUGUAUUUAAUGAAGACAUCAAGAGGGAUGAAUAAAAUACUGGACACUCGAAUGACUGAAUUUAGUGCGUUUGCCAAAAUUGUAUUGAACGAUCCAAAUUGCAAAACAGUUGGGACACUGUUUGUGUUGUUUGAUACAGUUAUUCAAUUUCAUAGUGGUCCAGAACAACUUUCCGUUGAUAUUAAGAACAUCUAUUACAAUGUUAUCAAGAGAAUGAUUGACACGAAUAACACACUGACGAAGUCUGUGAUAUACUUGUAUUCGCAGGGACAAACCAUGUUUUCGUGUUCAUUGUGGUACUUAGUGGAAACUGUGUUAGACAAGAUGAAAAAUGUUGAUAUUGACAAACAAAAGACUUCAUUCAGUAUACCACCGUUACCAUUUAACAUUGCUGCAAACAACUUACUCCAAGAGUCAUUGCAUAAAACAAAGGAUAUCACAGAGAAAGAAAUGAUCAAAUUUUUGUGGAACUUUUUGUGGGGGAAUGCGCCGCGAGUGAGGUUCUUUGAGAAGACCGUAGAGAAGGUGUAUGCGUUGAAAGGGAAUUGGUUUUUCAAAAUAGUUUCGAAUGGGAAUAAAGACGAUUUUGCGAAUUCAAAGACGACGUUUGAUCUGGCCAAAAAGCAUAAGGACAACAACUUCACGCUCGACCAACUCCUCGUUUGUCUACCAAUCACGUACUUUUUAAAUGUCAAUAAGUGGGACUUGAAUACGAUGAAUAAAGAGCACUUGGAUUUCAGUAAAGAAUGUGUUAUUAAUGCGUUCAAAUUGAUUGCUUUGUAUGCGAGUGGAAACGAAAAGAUCACAAAUAGUGAAGAUUCACUCGACUUUGGGAUUCGAAAGGUGAAUCGACUCUUCUUUUUUGUUGGGAGGACAAUACAAUUCUUGUCUGAGAAUAUUCUUCGUGAAAUUGCUAAGACGCUACCUGAUACUGGGAAGCUAUUAUUGGCCUUUUUGGCACUGAAAAAGGUGAGAGAGUCCAUUGAAAAUCAAAAUAAAACGAAAUUAAGCCAUAAGGCGGUAGUUUCGUUGUUGAUUGAGUGUCUUCGAAGAAUUAAAACGAUUGAAAAUAACGAUCUUGUGAUCUAUGAUGGAUGUUUGCAAGAAGUUUUAAAGAACCCGAAGGAGGAGAUAUGUGCACUUUUUCUGGAAAGACUGUACUUAACUAAAACAACACUUCCAUUUCUCGAAGUCUGUUUUGAGAAUCGGAUUUUGAUCGACCCUUCGACAACGACAUUUUUGGGGUACGAAAUUAAAGAACAUUCACAGAAGUAUAUCUCACAUAUUAUCAAAAGCAUUAUUCAAACGAAAAUCACACAAGAAGCAUUGAAAGUGAAUUAUGAAAGAGUAGUUGGACUGUUCUGCUUUUUGUACGAUGAAAUAGAUAUAUCAAUGGUAUUAUAUGACGGUGUGACAAUUGCAACUGUCUUAGAUGCGAUUUUGUAUUUGCAAGAGAACAAUGUGAAUGUGAAAGGUGUUGAAAGAGUAUUUGAAAGAGUAUUCAGUGAAAAUGUACGUUUAGAGGCGUAUGAUGAUAUUGGAAAAGCAUUUUCUAGUUGCGACAAAGGUGUGUUAGAGGAUGUGUUUAAUAAACACAACAAAGAGUCUGGGAGUCUUCGAGAAAUAUUGAAUAUGACAAUCGUUGCUGAUUUAUUAGGGUUAACAACAAAGGCAAGAGUAGUCACUUCUGUCGAUGCAACCGAGAAAGCGAAAUUCUUUAUGUAUUCGUUCAAAAACAGUAUGAAUGCACUUACCUUGAUAUCUUCCUUCUUUGAAUUCUUGAAAAAGACUGAAUUGAACAACGAAAUGAUUGUGUGCUCAUACAUAAUACCUCUGAUAUUGUGUGUUGGACAAUCUGCGUACAAUGAGAAUAAGGAGAGACUCUCACAUUAUUUAUUGAAGGGACAAAUCACUGCAGAUGUGUCGUCUCUGGUGAAAGAUUUGAAUGAUAAUGGGUGGAUCACGGACAAGACUGCAGAAGAAUUGGCACUGAAAGCAUUGUUACUUGGAGGAACUCCGAGUGCAUUAUCAAAGCCAAAAGUCAUCAAUACACUCAGACCAAAUAACAUCACACCAAAUUGGUAUAACGAGCCAACAAAAGUCGAGACAUCCAAAUUUGAUUGCAUAAAAUUCAACAAAGUCGUUUCUGAACAACUUAAAGGGAAUAUGGAAGAGGUCGAAAACACAUUCUUUUUAUCGUUCAACGACAUUUGUUUCGACAAAAUAUUCAAUGAGGCGAUGAAGAGAAGACUGCCACAGAGUGGUACCAAUGACAAACUGAAUAAGCCACCUCUCUCACAACAAAGAGUUGAUGAACUUACUCAGAAGCUUCGAAUGGAAAAGGUUGCGAAUGUUAUUCCAAGUGACAGUGACACAAGUAUGGAGAAGACAGAGAUCGAACAACUUGUAGAAGUCUUGGGGUGUGAUAAUGUGAUCACACAAUUAGUUCAUGACUACGCCAUUUACUCAAAUAAUAAUGACAAUAGACGAGUCACUGGAGUCAUUGCUGUUAUCAAAGAGUAUGGCGCAAUACAAUUAGAGCGCGGAAACGGCGAUGUGUCUGAUCAAUGCAACUUGAUUUUGGACCAAGUGAAACCGCCAACGACUUGUCCUCAACAAGUAACACAACCACAAUCAACACCACAACAACAAGUUGAGAGAAGAGUAGUGUAUGUGCCUUCAAUGGGUGAUAUUGAACUUCCUAUCGGAAUAAACUAUGAGACACUUGUGCAGAUUCCUCAACAAUUCUGGGCUGAACAGAUUCUUCAGUACUACGAAGAACAUCCAGAAGAACGGAGAAGAACAGGAAGAGUCGAACAACUUGCUUCUGAGAACAAUCGAACGAAAAGAGUUAGACUGCCGAUGUUAGAACCAGUAUUCUUGUUCUUGAAUAAGCAGAAAGGACAUGACAGACCAUCACCUUCAUUGAUUGAAUUGUCUGCAGCAGACAAGACAAUUAAUGUCGUCAAUUUUGUUGAGAACAUCGGAAGUUCCACUACAGAGGAAGUGAGGAAGUAUUGUAUGGUAGCGUUGAUGGACUUUGUGAAGAGCGAUCCUUCUAAAAUGUUUUUGAAGAAUGUUAUAGUGUUGGUGGUGGAAGAAUUCAUAACAAAAGCGAUUACAAAACAGUCAGAAACGAAGGUGAAUGCGUUUGUUGGUAUCUUAUAUUGUUUGUUGGAAAAAUACGACCACCCGCCACAACAAGUGAAAGACAUGAUUUCGAAGUGUGUCCAACUUAUCGUGAAAAGUAACUUUGGUGUUGGGACGAAGCGGAAUGCGAUCGACAAAUUACUUAACUUUGGAAGUAUCUACGUCGACUUUAACGACAAAACCGUUGUGAAAAUGGUGAUGGAGAGUAUCGGGGAGAAGGUGCGCUAUGGUGUGUUAGAUUGCAUAAAUUUUGCGAUGAGUGAAGUGACGAGGACGAUAUGUGAAGACAUCGUGUUUGAGUAUACAAAGCAGUUUGAAGGAGAAAUGGACCGCACAAGCAAAGAGAACUUUUUCAAUUUCUUAAACGUUAUCAACUUGACUCAAAACACUGUUAAAUCUGUGCAACCGAAUAGAACUGGAAACACUUUUGUCCCCUAUUUCGCCGAUUUGGGAAGAACACAGCUUGCUUCACCUCUAUUUGGAGGUAAUUUGCCUAUGGGAAUGUUUGUUCCACAGAACCCACACUUAAUGAACGACCAUCGAAUACCACAAUUUGGGAUGUUAAAUGACCAUGAAAACGGAGUUGCAGAGUACUUUAUUGGGAAUGAAGGUUUGCCCCCUCGUUUUCAAGAGAGAAUUGACGGAUAUAAUGAUGAAGAGAAUGGAAUGGAUCAAGACCAAUAUUUUGCUCGUGAAGAGGAAGGACUGAUUCAAGGAAAUGAAUUUGAGAAUCAAGAAGAAGAAGUGAAUGAACAGAACAAUGAAGAAAAUGACGAAGAAGGUGAGAAAGACGUUUCAAAUGAAAUACCAUUGGUAAAAGAGAAGAAGGAGAAAAUGGAGACGUCACAAAGUGCACAAAAAGAAAAGAAAAUGGACGAAAUUGAAACUAUAAAUUAUACUACACUUAUUAGUAGAAUUAUAGAAACACGCGAGACAAUUGAUUUGAAAAUUGCACUGAAACUGGUUCAAAAAGAAUUAACGAAUAACACACAAAAUCCGAAUAAGAAGAUUAUUGAAUUGUUACGAACCAUCAGAAGUUACAUCGACUUUUUGUAUAUCAUCGACGCGAAUGUCUUUGAACGAGGAUUACACUUUCUUGAGUCACAACGGUUCUGUUAUCCAUUUGAAAAGAAGAUGGACGAGUUGUACAAGUCCAUCAAAAGUCGGAAUGGGAACAAACGCCUCACGGUCACCGUGAAGCGACAACAAGUGUUGCAGACGCUCUACGCCCAACUUCGAAAUUCGGUUCUUUUUGACUGUUUAAUUAAGGUCAGGUUCGAGAAUGAAACGGGGGAGGAUGUUGGUGGACUAUUGAGAGAGUGUUAUGCACUUGCACUUGAAGACAUUGUAGACGAGAAGACGUUACUCUUUAGAGUAGAAAACGGUGUGUUAGAACCCGAUUUAAUGAGUUCACCGGAGUUGAUGAUGUUUGUGGGCAAAUUGAUCGGGAAGAUGAUAUGUGAUAACAUGACGCUCAAUUUGCGAUUCUCAUUGACGUUCUUACGAAUGCUUCUUGGGAAGAGAACGGAAGUGGAAGAUUUAAAAGUGGUUGACCCCGAGUUUUACAAACAGAUGCAAAACGUGUUAAACAGUGAUGUGAGUGCAUGGGGACUCACUUUUGUAUAUGACGAGAAACGUGGUGAUAAAGUAGAAGAGGUCAAGUUGAAAGAGGGCGACUUGGAAGUGAACGAAAGCAAUAAGAAGGAGUACAUUGAGCUGUUAGUUCAAUACAAAUAUAACACUAAAUACGCGAAACAAGUUGAGUGGUUUGGGAAAGGGCUGUUUUCAGUGUUAGCAGUUGACAAGGUGAAGAUGUUUGAAGAAAAGGAAUUAGAGAAAGUGUUCUGUGGAGAGGAGUUUGACGUGAAAGAGUUGAAAAAGAAUUGCGUCUAUGAGAGUUAUAAUGAGGAGAGUCUCCAAGUAGUCUGGUUCUGGAGUGUACUUGAAGAGAUGAAUCAACUGUUGCGAAAUAAAGUCCUUCAAUUUGUCACAGGAUCACCUAAUUCCCCGAUUGGAGGGUUCCAGAAAUUGGUGGACGCAGAUGGACAUCCACUCCCUUUCAUGAUUUGUUCUAUUAAGUACGACAAUCCCGACGAAAAAUUGCCAACUGCACAUACUUGCAUUAACAGACUGGAUUUGCCUAAUUACAGCAAUAAAGAAAUACUUAAGGAGAAGUUGUUGUAUGCCAUCAGCGAAUGCACUGGGUUCGGAUUUUAUUGA